AUCAACUAAAAAACCCUAAGAAGAUAGAGAUAAAAUAUUGCCUCCCCUACAACUUCUGGUGGCAAUGAUGGAAUGUCAGUGACUGGAACACUAAAAGAUCUUGGGACAUCUGACCAAAAAACCAGCAGAAGUCCUAUUUCCAAACCCCUUCGGAACUGAGGCGUUCUGUUCCUGGCAACUCCCUCUGGGCAAGGGGAAUGUCUAGAGGCAGACUCAUCUGUUGACCUCACUGCCAAAAUUUCUGGAAGCUGUAGAAGGGAAGUCUGGAGGGAGCACCAUAGCAUCCACUGUGGAUAUAUGUAUUGUGAAGAUUAUCUCCCAUAAAUACUUGUUAUCUUCAUUGGACUCAGUGGUUUGGAAUGUGGAAGAAAUUUCUGUUUAAAUUCCUUUGUAGUUUUUCAAAAAGACUUACAAGUUGAUUUCAAGUUUCUUCGCCCUUAGCAAGUACACGGUUCCUUUCUACAAUGGGCACAACUUAUGCUGAACUUCAAAAUCAAACAGCUUGUUGGAUAUUUGGAAUUUUGCCCAUGUGAACUAUAUCCUGGUUACCCUGGUUUUCUGUGGACAUCUUGUAGGUACAUACCUAGAAGUGGAAUUGCUGGGUCAGAUGGUAACUCUAUAUUUAAAAAUGGAGGAAAUAGGCUCUCUGCUCCUCCCCGGCUGCAUCCUCUGGUGCAGUGCCAGCCACGUCCCCGAGACACGAUGGUGAAGGUCGGAGUGAAUGGAUUUGGCCGUAUUGGGCGCCUGGUCACCAGGGCUGCUUUUAACUCUGGCAAAGUGGAUAUUGUCGCCAUCAAUGACCCCUUCAUUGACCUCAACUACAUGGUGUACAUGUUCCAGUAUGAUUCUACCCACGGCAAAUUCCACGGCACAGUCAAGGCUGAGAACGGGAAACUUGUCAUCAACGGGAAGUCCAUCUCCAUCUUCCAGGAGCGAGAUCCCGCCAACAUCAAAUGGGGUGAUGCUGGUGCUGAGUAUGUUGUGGAGUCCACUGGGGUCUUCACCACCAUGGAGAAGGCUGGGGCUCACUUGAAGGGUGGGGCCAAGAGGGUCAUCAUCUCUGCUCCUUCUGCUGAUGCCCCCAUGUUUGUGAUGGGCGUGAACCAUGAGAAGUAUGACAACUCCCUCAAGAUUGUCAGCAAUGCCUCCUGCACCACCAACUGCUUGGCUCCUCUAGCCAAAGUCAUCCAUGACCACUUCAGCAUUGUGGAGGGCCUCAUGACCACCGUCCAUGCCAUCACUGCCACCCAGAAGACCGUGGACGGCCCCUCUGGGAAGCUGUGGCGUGACGGCCGAGGGGCUGCCCAGAACAUCAUCCCUGCUUCCACUGGUGCCGCCAAGGCUGUGGGCAAGGUCAUUCCUGAGCUGAACGGGAAGCUCACUGGCAUGGCCUUCCGUGUCCCCACCCACAAUGUGUCAGUUGUGGAUCUGACCUGCCGCCUGGAGAAAGCUGCCAAAUAUGACGACAUCAAGAAGGUAGUGAAGCAGGCAUCAGAGGGCCCCCUCAAGGGCAUCCUGGGCUACACUGAGGACCAGGUUGUCUCCUGUGACUUCAACAGUGACACCCACUCUUCCACCUUCGACGCUGGGGCUGGCAUUGCCCUCAAUGACCACUUUGUCAAACUCAUUUCCUGGUAUGACAAUGAAUUCGGCUACAGCAACCAGGUGGUGGACCUCAUGGUCCACAUGGCCUCCAAGGAGUAA